CAGGGAAAGUUUGACAAGCGGUGGUUCCCCUGUUGUCCAAAAACGUGGAUUUUAAGAAGAUACUGUAAAACGUUUCAGAACAAAUUCUCUGCAGUCCUCCGAGGCUUUCGUGUGAUUCUGGUGAAGCUUAGUAGAUAGCAUUCAGUCAAAAUGGGUGACUGGAGUGCUCUAGGAAGACUUCUUGACAAAGUCCAGGCCUACUCAACAGCAGGAGGAAAGGUGUGGCUUUCAGUUCUUUUCAUCUUUCGAAUCCUGGUCCUGGGGACGGCGGUCGAGUCAGCCUGGGGGGAUGAACAGUCUGCUUUCAAGUGCAACACUCAGCAACCAGGUUGUGAGAAUGUGUGUUACGACAAAUCAUUUCCCAUUUCCCAUGUGCGCUUUUGGGUCAUGCAGAUUAUAUUUGUCUCAACCCCAACACUACUUUACCUUGCUCACAUUUUCUACCUUAUGCGAAAAGAGGAAAGAUUGAAUAAGAAAGAGGUGGAACUGAAAGCAGUCCAGAAUGACGGUGGCGACGUGGACCUGCCUCUCAAGCAGAUUGAAAUCAAGAAGUUUAAGUAUGGUCUGCAGGAGCAUGGGAAGGUAAAGAUGAAGGGUGCCCUCUUGCGCACCUACGUUGUGAGCAUUAUCUUUAAAUCAUUCUUUGAAGUUGGUUUCCUGUUGAUACAGUGGUACAUUUAUGGGUUUAGUCUGGAGGCUGUAUAUACCUGCAAGAGGGAUCCAUGCCCACACCAAGUAGACUGUUUCCUCUCUCGUCCUACUGAGAAGACCAUCUUUAUCAUCUUCAUGUUGGUGGUGUCUUUAGUGUCCUUAGUGUUGAAUGUGAUUGAGUUAUUCUAUGUCUUUUUCAAAAGCAUAAAGGAUCGUGUGAAGGGAAAAAGAGAUCCUUACUCUUCUAAUGGUGCAAUGAGCCCGACAUCUAAGGACUGUGCCUCUCCAAAGUAUGCCUUCUACAAUGGCUGCUCCUCUCCCACUGCCCCCUUGUCUCCCAUGUCUCCUCCUGGGUACAAGCUUGCCACUGGGGACAGGACCAACUCGUGCCGCAACUAUAACAAGCAAGCCACUGAGCAGAAUUGGGCCAAUUACAGCACCGAACAAAACCGCCUAGGUCAAACUGGCAGCACCAUCUCCAACUCUCACGCACAAGCCUUUGACUUCCCUGAUGAUACCCAUGAUAAUAAGAAACUGUCACCUGGACAUGAGCUCCAUCCUCUAGCUCUUAUGGACCCUAGGCCCUUGAGUAGAGCCAGCAGCCAAGUCAGCAGCAGAGCUAGACCAGACGACCUUGAGGUCUAGCCCUAUUAACUUUAGAGAAUAUAGACAUUAAGAUGCCUUUUAUGAAAGGGGUGGUACUUUCCAUUUCAUAGUUUCCACUAGGAACUAGUAAACUCAGAGACAUAAUAUAGUUACACUGUUGGAGGUACUAUCCAUUAAUGAUGACAUCAAAACUAGAGGAGUUAUCAAGUUGACACUAAACAAAAAUCCAGCAGGGGACAGCGAGUACAAUACAAACAAACACAUUCAAAUAGUCCUAGUUUUUUUCUUUAGCAAGAUGAAGCCUUGGUGAGGUGUCUCAUUUAUGCUGGUUUGGUAAAGAGAAAGAGAGAGAGAGAGAGCGAGAGAGAGAGAAAGAGAGUGAGAGAGAGAUAGAGAGAGAGAUAGAGAGAGAGAGAUUUUUUUCUAUGCCCACACAAGAACAUUCCAUUUUGAGAUUUUGCACAUUGAUGUCACAUUGCCCAUCAUAUCAUAACUCUUAAAAUGGUUUAAAGAAAUGCCUACAUUUUAACUCACAUAAUCUUUUCCUAAAAUCCUGCACAAUGACCUUCAUUCUUUUCAAUGACCUUCAUUAUUUUAUGCUGUAAAACAAAUGGGUUUACAUUAAAAUGUAUUUAUUAGUUUUAAAAUGCAGGACAUCCACCACUAGACAAUGAAUGACUACUAAUUUAGGUCAUUACCAUAUUAAUAAUAUAUAUGAUUUCAAUAGACCCACUCACCAUAUUUAUUGAUUAAUGUUCCCUGUUUAAAAAUACUGUUUUAUUAUUAUUUUUUAAUUAUAGAUUACUUUAAUUUCCUGAUAAACUUUGAAUUUAUAUGGGGUAGUUUUCUUUGUCGUCUUUGAUUUUGUGAAAGAGUGAGCAUAUACACAGUGUAAUAAACUCCUGCUGUGUAAGUAGGGCACACCUUUUUCUUAAUAUAAAAUAUUUCCCUUGAAGCCCGAGAAGGGAUAAUGGUUUGUUUUUAAUAUAUGGUUAUUUGGGUUUUUGCUAAGCAUUAGCAAUUUUUUUUUGUUUUGUUAUUAUUAAUUUUUGGCGUGAAUGUUGUUUUUUUUUUCAUGAUGUAAUCAUUACUGUGUGAUAGAUGUGUAGUACUGUACAUCAAGAUAACUAUGUCACUAAUGUGAGAUUUUAGAAGAAUGCUUUUAGAGCUGGACUAAUGUUUAGUUGAAAAUAAGGAUAUACGCCAGUGUAGCCCAUUACUCACCAAACACUUUUGUGGAUUUUUAGUUUGAGCCUUUUUUUUUUUAAAAAUGUAACUUUUCAUUAUAGUAUUUUGUACGACUGGGUACUCAAAGUCAAGUUCUUGAGCUACAAUGGUGUUUGCACUGAGACUUUGGUUAGGAUGCGUUAUGAUGCUGAAGGGUGCUUAUUGUUACUAGUAUGCAUGUUACUAAUUUAUUCUACAAUACACCAGACUGAAAAUUCACUAUUCAAUUAUUUCUGACUUUUCCAAUGUAUUUCAAUAUUAUCGUCAAAGCAACAUGCAAGGUAUCUUCAUUCACAGAGCAGGCCUGUUGUACAAUGUUAAAUUUGAUAUUCCAUUAAAUCCACUGUUGUGCAGUGCUUAUUGCAUGUUAGCAACAAAAUGCCAUUAAUCAUCUCUAUUUUAACCAAUAAAUAUAUUUUUUCUUCUUAAAAA